CUCAGUUUGCUGUGGAUUCUUACGGCAGUUGGUCCCAGUUGCGGAAAAAGUGGAAAAGUGAAUAGUUUUCUAAGAUGGUAGUUCGGAAGAUACAAGCAUCCAUCGGCGCAGUAGUACUGCUUUUCUGGAUACUGCAGUUACAAUUUUCCGAAACUCUUUCUUCAGGGAAUAGGAAACAGCUGAAAGACCAUCAGCUCAAAAAACCGCUAAACAUCAGAGCUCGACGCUACUGUACGGACGCCGAUUGCAUCAAGACCUGCCCCUUGGAUUACGAACUGGACAACGAGAAACAAUUCUGUCGCUACCAGAGGUCAAUUUGUCCACCGAACUACAUCCAGCGUCACGGAAGCUGCGUCCUCGCAGAAGUGCAAUGCCCACCGGGAAGCGUCCGGCAGGGCAAUCGUUGCGUCGUCAAAACCAUGGAAUGUCCCAGUGGCUACACCAUGGAGGGGAACAACUGCAUCAACACCCGAUACUGCCCGGAAGGUUACCACUGGGAAAAUGGGUUCUGCUAUCGCCAGCAGCGCUCUCAAGUGUGUCCCAAUGGUUAUGAGAACCGCAACGGGAUAUGCAUUCAGAUUUGCGUAAACUGCGAUGCGGCAUGCUCUCAGUGUGAUGAGGAAAUCAUUCCGCUAAAGUGUCCAGCCGGGUACGACAUGCACAGGGGCAAGUGCCUGAAAAUUGUUCAAGGUAGAGCAGACAUAGUGCUACGGAAUGUCACGUACAGGGUACCGGUGGAAUGUGAAAAUGAAGGUGUCUACAACAAUGGAAUAUGUAUGCACAAGAAGUUCGAAAGUCCUAGGUGUGAGAGCGGAAGUUUUUACGCUGGAAGAUGCGUAGAAAUAGCCAAAUGUAGCCAAGGUGUGUUCACCAGUGACUGUGAAUGUGGUUCUGAAAGCAGUACAGCUGCCACUUGUCGACAAGGGCUUCCUAGUUCAGCUGGAUGUGUGAUAUCCAAUUGCCAGUGUCGAAAACCUGCUCAACUAGUGGGUGAAGUGUGCGAAGGUAGGCUGGAGUCUCAUCGAGCGUUUUGCGCGUCCGGUACGCCUUAUAAUAACAUUUAUUGCACUUUGAAUGCUCCACGUUGUCCAGCCGGGUUUUUGUUAGAAGGUUCUUUCUGCGUGAGGAAUAUGUCAUAUGCAGUGGAUUGUGGACGAUAUCAGUGGAACGAAGGAUGGUGCAGUAGUGCCGCCACAUGUGAAGCGGGGUAUAAACUACAAGAGAAUGGAGAUUGCGUACGAGAGAUGAGGAUGCAGAGGGAGGUUUGUCCAUCUGGGACAACCUAUGAUGGAGAACAUUGUAUCAGUAAUGCACCACUAUGUGAACCUGAUCACGAAUAUGACGAACGUUUCGGCAUCUGUGUCAAAUGUGUGGAGCAAGCAGUAGUGUGUGAUACUGCCGCGGGGUACCAACACAAUAACGGAACUUGCGUGAAAUAUGACCCUUUGUGCCCAUCUGGAUAUGUUUGGAAAGAUAACCAUUGUAUCAGCAAAUCUUCAAGCUAUGUGCAAUGUGAAUCUGGGCAUGUAGUAGAUAAUUACUGUGUCCACAGCCAUCUCAACUGUCCCGACAACCAAGAACUGGUGGAUGGCGUUUGUAUUCACCAGGAGAUACCAAACUGUCCGGAAGGUUCUGUUUAUCAAAAUGGACUUUGCAUGGCGGCUAAACAGUGUCCAGCUGGUUACACUGUUGGACAGCACAGUUGCGUUGAGGAAACUAGAACUUCUUUGAACAAAUCUAUCAAUCCGGAAUGUCGAUACGGCUUUCGCUACGAAAGAGGAAAUUGUAUAAAAACAAUACAAAUUGAAGCGAUCGUAGAUUCGCGGCCAUUGCAGUGCGCUAUUGGUUAUACUUUGACGCAAGGAAAAUGUGUUAAAGUGUACCACGGAUUAUUGGUUUGCCCACCGAAAACAAUUCAUAUGAAUCAGGAAAAUAAAUGUUUCUGUAAGGUUGACCUUGUGUGCCCCAAUGGGUAUGAAAAAAUAGGCGAUGAAUGUGUAUUCAGAUCAAUGGGAUAUUUCUCCCCGUACCUCAACUUCUUGAACCCUUGCUAUGGUCUUCAGUGCAGUUUACAGUACUGCUUAUCGCAAUGUUUCAGCCCACCAUGUCCGGUACAACCUUGCUCAUACGGAGUCCAACAGUUUGGUGCCGUAUACGGUGGCGCUAACCAUCAACCUUCCGACAUCUGUGGUAUUGGUGAGAGCUGUGUAACUCAAGAGAAUCUAGACACAAUCGUAAACCUAACCUGUCCGCCGGGGUAUCAAAAGGAAAACAACACCUGCAUUGCUUACUAUAACCGCGUCUGUCAAAACGGUUACACGCUAGAGAAAGGUGCUUGUUUGAAAAUUGAAGAAACAAGCGUAAUGUGCCCUUUGGGAUUCACGCUGUCUAACGGAACCUGCGUAAGAAUACGCUGCGAUGCUGAGUACACUCGAGAAGGAACCAUAUGUAGAAAAAUGGAAUACCAUUCUCCUUCGCCCUGCCAGAAAAACUACAUCUACAUUGAAGGCAUUUGUUUGCACAAGACUGAUUGCCUCGGAGGAUCAGUUGAAGACGGCCAUUGCGUCAGACGGAGAUACGAAAACUUUCAAUGCCCUCCCAAAUUUACACAACUAAACGAAUCUUGUGUUCAGAUGGCAACCUGUUCUGGCAAAGACAUGUUCUUCGCCGGAACGACAUGUCAGAGUACGGAACAAAUACAACUUAGAUGUCCAGCAGAAACUAAACGUGUUAAGAACAUGUGUGUCUAUGAUAACGGUACCAAGUUCGAAAAGAUCAAAUUGCUUCCACCGCAGUGCAAUGGAAAAGUUAUACAACAAGAUCAGUUGUGUUCGUACAUUGAAACACCGGCCUGCGGCAAAGGAUACGUUUUGAAGAAUGGGCGUUGCGUAACUUGUUCAUCUAAGACUCCACAGUGCGCUACGGACAUGGUCAUUAUCAAUCGCAAAUGUAUUAAAUAUCACAAACCUUGCAGAGAUGGUUGGUAUCUGACAAAGGAUGGUCAAUGCGUCGCGGUGAAUAUACGUUCCGCUACGUGUUCGCAGGGGAAACUAGCAUUCAAUAGAUGCAUACAUGGAUUCCCUUCGUGUAAGUCAGGCUACACAAUGGAAGGGAACAGAUGCGUUUAUAAAGAAAGAACAAUAGCAAGGUGUAACGAGGGAAUUUUACUCGGGGAAUCUUGUUUCAGCAUGUUGCAAUGUAACGGUCCAGACUUCGUGCUAUCUAACGGCUGGUGUAUUCGAGAUGAACACUUCGAACCAACCUGUAAUAGCAGAACAGCUCGCAAACGAGACAAAUGCAUUAGUGGGAUCUUGAAGUGCCCUGAGAACCACUACCAAUUCAAUGGACAGUGUUUCCUACAUCGAACAGCCCCAGCAGAGUGUCCUAACAAUGUGCGGUGCCUCGAAAACUUCUGCCCAAUUGCUUAUCCAAGUUGCAGUGCAUCCUUUAACUUCGAUGGAUCCGUUUGCACCAAAGUUAUAUCCCACGCUCCAACGUGCCCUACUGGAACAAUACCAGUUAGCACUGACCGUGACUAUUGCCAGUAUUCAACAGAACAAGCCGACUUCCACUGCCCUAGCGAAUACAACUUCAAAAACGGCGUUUGCCAAAAGCGCCAAUAUAUGGAAGCUAGUUGCCCAAAUGGUUUCCGGAAAAAGAUGGAUGCAUGUGCUCGCAGAGCAUGCGGCAGUGCCGCUCUGACAAUUUAUUGUGGUACACACGGCCUUGGUCCGUCUUCGCUAGGUUCCCCAUUGAACAUACCGCAUUUAUCUGCCCAACGCCCUUUCAACGCAACUAUUUCUGCGGUGUCCGUAGAUGAAGUCUGCUGCCAUAUCUACUCGCCAAGAAUCUGCCGAUAUAAUGAAGGGUCCGACGAAUGGAACUGCUUCCAUACCGAAAAUCGACGGUGUGGUACAUUCUGUAAACGUCCGGAACAGCAUGUGUAUCUUCGCACCGCAGAGUCCUACUAUUUCAACAAUAUCCUAAUUCUACUACCACCAGAGCAUGUUACCAAUACACGAAUUGAACACCUAGAUGAGGAUGACGACUAUGUUGUUGACACAAAGCCUAAUUGUGACGGGUGUACGGAUCGCAGCUACGAUUGUGAUAAUUACUGCUACACGUAUGACUGCCAGAUAGCCGACAGUCAAUGCGAAUUCAAAGACCAGCGGGAGUUUUGCUCUGCCCAUCCCGGUCCCGGAUGCACAACCAAAGAUGGCUGCUAUAGUCGAGAUUUUUGCGUUGUAGAUUAGAUCUCGUAUCAUUUACAAAUUGUUUAUUGUUAAAGGAAAUGGGCAUUUUCGGUUGUCAUUAAGUAGUAUUUUUUGCAAGGGCUUAAAGGUAGCCUCACACCUCAGGAAUUUGGUCCGCUGAAUUUUUCCCCAUGCAUUUUUGUAUAUGCGAUGUUUUCGGGAUUUGGGCACGGAAAAUCAAAAUCCCGGCCCCAUUUAAAAUGCACGGGGACCAAAAUCCGGCGGAAAAUUUUCGCGAAAAAAUCCGCGGACCAAAUUCCCGAGGUGUAAGGUGGCCUUAAGGUAGCCUUACCCGGA